AAUGGCCAAACUGUCGAGAACAACGAAGUCGAUUCCUGGGAACUGAAAGCGUCCCGGAGAGCACUUCGAAACUUGAAGAGUCUGUUAGCUGGACAGCCAAUGAUUGAUCUACUCCAGGGUCAGAUAGAAGUAGCUGACGAUUAUUACAAGGACAUCAUUGAGAAGUCUGAGGGUCAGUACAAAGAGUCCCGCAUCGACCUUCAAGCAAAAGGAAUUACCUUGGCUCAAUUUAUGGAGUGGUGGAAGGUUUGGAUGGUAGAGUUGCAAAAUCCGGAGAUUAAGCAACAGGUUUUCUUCGAUACCAUGGUACCGGCUCAUCCAGAGCAUUAUACCCUUUCUCCAUAUCAAUCAGGAGUUGUCGAAACUAUUGGAGAGCAUAUUGCUCGGGUGGAGAUCAAACCCUGCUUCAACCCUCCAGAAUUUGUGCUGAAGUACGGUGAUCCCACCUAUCAACACUUGCCUGCGAUAGGAACCUUGGAUGACGGUAGCAUUUUGUUCUACAUCUUACAGGAGAUCCGCGAUUCUGAAGAGGGUUGCGACUUCCGCUUGCGUCUUCUAUUCCCAGCCGCUGCACCUCAAGUGUUCUUUGACGAACAUGCUGAGCACCUCGCAGUCGAGUUCAGGAGCUUUAUC